AUAUAAAUCAAUUGCCCAUGUUUGGCUAGUCUACUGUAGAAUUGCUUAUUGAGAGGCCAAGAUGAAAUUCUUAUCGCUCGUUUUGGUGUUUUGUUUGCUUAGCGUUGUUGGCACGUUUGCCAAGAGUUUGGAAUCGUUCUAUGGCAUGACAGAGCAUCCCGGCAAAUGUGUCUAUGAAGAUUUAAUUAUUGCGCCCGGUGAAACGGCCAAGCCAAAGGGGAAAUGCCAACGCUUUUCGUGUGGAGAGGAGCUGGUGGGUCACAUUCAAAGUUGCGAUUACAGAUACAUUAUUCUAGAGCCACCAUGCUGGUGGGGUGAUAUAGAAAAUCCGGAUUUGGAUUAUCCCAGUUGUUGUAUGAGAAAAAUUAUUUGCCCAGAGACUGAUGAUACGACCGAUGUGUAUUUCUGAAAUAAUUUUAGUUUAAAUUUAAUAAAUGCUGUGAUAAAUGAAGGUAAUAUAGUUUGGUCCUGCUCCUGAUACUGUGCAAGAGUGAUUUCUGCAAAAAUGU